AUACUUAGAGCACAGACUCCGCUAGAACAGCUACUGGAAGAAAUAAAGUUCCAGAGAAGAAAGGAACUACGUAGCUUCUCACAGGAUCCUGGGUUUGCCCUGGCCCACAGUACAACCUACUGGACGGAUCUAUUUGUCAGACACUUCUUGUUCCAGUCUGAACCAAGUAUAGACUCAGAUGAUCUUCUCUUCUUUGUUAGAAAACGAGAGAUUCCAACUCCUCAGUUCCUCUCCAACAGGGUUGAGAGUGAAGUUGAAGUGUUCAGGAGAGACAGUAGAAAGCUUCCAAUAGGAGAUCCUGAUGUAGAUUGGGAGGAAACUAUUUAUUUAAACCUUGUUGUUCAUAUGUUUGAUUAUACAAUCACAGUUGCAAUCUGUACAAGGACAUCACCGUCUAAUCUCCAGAUUAUUCGGCGAGCAAGUCAGAAGGUUUACGCAACCCCUAGUCACCGACGCAUGGAUAGUAAAGCAGACGGAGAGGAGAUUAUAUAUCCUUAUCUCUGUUUCUCUGUGGAUAAUUUUGACGAGGCUUUUGAGGAUAUUCAGGUGCGUGAUGGAGAAAUGGUUGCUGUAGAGCUGGUUGCCCGUGAUUGUAAAGGAAGUAUUGAAGCUGUCCUAUCCCUGGGUUGUGUCCAGUAUGAGGCUGUGAGACGGGUUUAUGAUGCACGACAAAGCCAAACUGUUUCUCAACGUCUCAGCCAGACAAACCUUAUCUCAAUAUUCAUCUCACAAAAGGAGAGGGUUGAAUAUAUCCAUGUACGAGGUGAGGGUGAGAAAGGACAUGCUGAACUAGCAAUCUCUAAACCUAAAGGAGCAGGAUGUGAUACUCCUAGUUCUGAACCUGGUUGCUCCCUGACAGACCAGUGGGAGGAUGGGUUCUGUAGUGAGGAGGAAGGAUCGGAGUUGGUUGCAAACUCUAACUUCUCCUUCAAGAAAGGACACCAGAGGCGACUGAGUGAUCCUUCUGCAACUAUAGACACCUGGUUGAAAGGAGGUUGGAGAUCUAAGUCAGGUUCAAGGACUCCUACUGAAUCUGAAGGUCUGGAGAAGUGGAUGAAUCCUGUGAUUGAGAUUGAAGCUGGAGAUAUUAGGGAUUGUCUAGAUGAUGGAACCACUAAUCCACUCUGGACCAUGAAGGGAUAUACUCAGGCUUUUCAUGGCUGGAAGGAGACCAAGAGAGCAGGCUGUUUCCCUCUCAAGGUUCAGCUCACCUACCUUACUCUUCCUUGGUGGAACAUAAUAAAGGAUAUCCUGGAUAUACGAGAUACUCCACUCCUUAGUUUCUAGAUAUCCUGGAUAUAUAGGUUAUUCCUCCUUGGUUUCUAGAUAUCCUGGGUAUACAGGAAAUUCCACUCAUUAGUUUCUAUUUAUCUAGAUAUACAGGACACUCCACUCCUAAGUUUCUAGAUAUCUAAAUAUACAAAAUACUCCAGUCCUUUGUUUCUAGAUAUCUAGAUACACAGGAAACUACACUUCUUAGUUUUUAGAUAUCUAGAUAUACAGGAUACUCCACUCCUUAGUUUCUAGAUAUCUAGAUAUACAGGAUACUCCACUCCUUAUUUUCUAGAUAUCUAGAUAUACAGCAUACUCCACUCCUUAUUUUCUAGAUAUCUAGAUAUACAGCAUACUCCACUACUUAGUUUCUAGAUAUUCUGUAUAUACGAGAUAUUCCAGGUUAUUGAUUAUUUAAAGGCACAUUAGAGGUAAUUUCAAGAUACCCUACAAAGAUUGGAAUGCCCGAUUCACAACGGUACCCUUUAACCAUUAUCUUCGACGGUAAAGUAAUCCGUUUGUUUAUCUCUAAAAAUCAAAUUUGUACGUUUGCGCGUAUGGUGUGAACUCAAUACAGCACGGUUUUAAAAAAUGUAAAUGAAAAAAAAAACAAUUUUCUGCUGCUUCUAGAAAGUAAAUAUUAUAUUUCUGGAAUAUAACACAUCUUGUAAACACCAAUACAUACGUUUUUGUGGAUAAAUAAGGAUAUCUCGAUCCGUCAAAGGAGUAAAGAAUAUUGUUGUGAAUUUGACACGACAUUCAACAAACAUGAAAUUAAGUCUACAGUCCCUUAAACUUAAACUUCAAAUAUUGAAAAAUUCAAUGCAAUCGUAUGCAACGUCCGUAUGUGUUUUAUAUCCGUCAGAUCCAUGUUUUAAUUUUUAGCUGAUAUUUAAAACCAUAUCAAAUUGUAUGUGAAUAUUUUAGCAAAGGGGAUUGAACACUCAUCAAAAAAUCUAGUUUCCUACCCUAUUUCUUUUUAACCUGAUGGGUUAUAUUUCAAUAUGAGAAUUUCUGGCGAGUAUUCAGUUCCUUUUCAAUUUGUUGCAUCAUGUACUAUAAAUGUAUAAUGUAAGUUUAAUGAAUAUUGUAAAGUGAAAAUUAGUAUGAUUUUGCUAAUAGUCGUUUUAAACCCUGUCUUAUCUUAGAUUCUUUAUCUGUAAACUUGUAAUCUGUACUAUGUAACAGCUUUCCUUGUCGGUAAACCACUUGUCUUUGUAAUUGUUAAACUUCAAAAUGAAUAUUUGAAAACCUGAAAACUGAACAUUGGGGUUUUUUAUCUGAAUCUCAAAGAAUUAUAAAUGCUUGCCUUUUUGUAUUAUUGUCCUAUUAAAAUAUACAUUCAUAAAUUAUU